AUGAGCGCCCCAGAUUGUCCCGCGAUCGUGCAGGAACCCGAUGUUUACGACGAUCAGAUCGACGCGGAAAAAUACGAUCAGAAAAGGUUGCAUGAGGACGACCCCUUUGGAAAUGAAGAAACUGGAGAAGUGAAGUAUCGUGUGAUGAAGUGGUGGCAAGCUGGAAUGCUCAUGGUGGCUGAAAAUAUCUCGCUGGGCAUUCUAUCUCUUCCAUCAGCCGUGGCGACUCUUGGAAUCGUCCCAUCCCUUAUCCUCAUCCUCGGACUGUCAGCUAUCUCAUGGUAUACUGGAUAUAUCAUGGGUCAAUUCAAGCAAAAAUACCCCCAGGUGCAUAGUAUGGGUGACGCCGGAGAGCUGCUCAUGGGCCCAUUCGGUAGAGAGCUGUUCUUCUUCGGCCAGCUGCUAUUCAUCAUUUUCUUGAUGGCCAGUCAUAUUCUCACAUUCAGCGUAUUGUUCAACACCAUCACAGACCACGGCACAUGCACCAUCGUCUUCGGUGUCGUUGGCUUGAUUGUCAGCUGCGUUUGCGCCCUCCCCCGGACAUCGAGCAAGCUGUUUAUCAUGUCCACCGUCUCCGCCUGCAGUAUCUUGAUUGCCACCAUCACCACCAUGAUCUCCAUUGGGGUUCAGGCUCCCGAUUACGUUGAGAACGACAUUACGACUUCGCCGAGCUUUGUCGAUGCUUUCCUCGCUGUCACCAACAUCGUUUUUGCUUUCAUCGCUCAUGUGGCUUUCUUCGGUUUCAUGUCGGAGAUGGAGGACACGAAGCAAUUUCCCAAGUCCCUGGCCAUGCUGCAGUUUGUUGACACGACCCUGUACAUCGUGACAGCGAUGGUCAUUUACUGCUAUGCCGGCCCCGAUGUGGCUUCACCUGCUCUGUCAUCUGCUGGACCUUUGAUGAAGAAGGUUGCCUACGGUCUGGCCAUUCCCACGGUCAUUGUUGCCGGUGUCGUUUUCGGCCACGUCGCAUCCAAGUACAUCUACGUUCGAAUCUUCCGUGGCGAGCGUUCCCACCACAUGCAUCAGCGAACCUUGUUGGCCACAGGCACUUGGGUGGCCAUCAGCUUGGGUAUCUGGGUGAUUGCCUGGGUGAUUGCCGAGUCGAUUCCCGUGUUCAACGACUUGCUGAGUUUGAUUAGCUCCCUCUUUGGAAGUUGGUUCAGCUACGGCCUCCCAGCCAUCAUGUGGCUGGUUAUGAACAAGGGACGGUGGACCGAGUCGUGGAAGAAAAUAGUCCUCACGAUCGUCAACCUGGUGAUUCUGGGAAUCGCCUGUGCUAUUUGCGGACUGGGUCUGUAUGUGUCGGGCAAGUCGAUCCACGACAGUUCGUCCAGCGCCACCUGGACCUGUGCCAACAACGCCACCUAA